AUUUCCUCAAGGCUCCCCAGGCUACCCCGUCUUGUCUGGUCUGCGUCGCGCGCAAUGUCUACAACGCCCUUCAGCACGACGCGGCCGGCAAAUUGGAAGGCUCUCGCGCCCCCGCCCCUCCCCGGCCCGACCUUCGCGGCUCAAGCAAACCUGCCCCGCCUCCCCGUCCCUGCACUCUCAGAAACACUCACGAAGCUCAAGGAGACCCUCAAGCCUAUCGCGUGGUCUGAGCAGGAGUAUGCGGACGCCGUCAAGGCGGUGGAUGAGUUUGGGUCAAGCCCGUACGCGCGCGAGCUCCAGGACAGGUUGCAGAAGCGAAGCCAGGAACCAGGGAGAGUACAUUGGUUGGAAGAAUGGUGGGAUGAUUUAGCAUACAUGGGGUACCGCGAUUCGGUCGUGGUGAACGUUUCUUAUUACUAUGGAUUCAAGGAGCAUCCGUCAAGCCUCCCACAAACGCCGGUGCACCGCGCCGCGUCCCUUGUGCGUGCCGUUAUGGCGUUUCGCGAGCAGUUCAAACUUGGUCAGAUACCUCCGGAGGCGACGAAGGAGGGUCCCAUUUGCAUGGACACAUGGAGGUGGAUGUUCGAUUGCUGCCGCAUCCCCGGAGCAGGGCUCGAUUGGGCUGUGAGCCAUGCGAAGGAGGGGGACAACGGGCGGUCUGGGCACGUCGUUGUGUUACACCGUGGACGUGUAUGGAAGCUUGAACCUUGGCAAGAUGGCAAACUCUUGUCUCUCGACGAACUCCAGAGGCAAAUACAACAUAUAUACGACAACACCAACAAGGAGUACCCCGGCGUCGGCGUACUGACCGCUUCCAAUCGCGACGUCUGGGCAAAGGACUUCCAAACGCUCGCUGCAGAUCCUCAUAACGCGCACAUACUGACCCAGAUCCACUCCUCCGCCUUCGUCCUUUCCCUCGACACAGAGUCCGCCUCCUCUUUUGUCGAGCACUCACGCCUCCUCUGGCACGGCGCGGUCGUUCCCCCUCCUCAGCCCGGCAUCUCGCAUGCACAGCCGCAGCUCGGUCUUCGCAACCGCUGGAUGGACAAGCCCUUGCAGUUCGUCGUGCUUGCGGACGGCAAGGCGGGCCUAGUCGGAGAGCACUCCGUCAUGGACGGCACGCCCACUGCGACGAUGUGCGACCGCGUUUUGGACCUCAUCGCAGCGCCCGACUUCGCCACCACCGCCAACUCGUCCGAACAAUCUACUCUGCGCGCGAAGCAGCUUCCGGAACCGCUCGACUGGAACGUCAGCCCCGAGAUACAGAAAGCGAUCGACUCGGCAACCGAAGCCGCGGUGGCGCUCAUCUCCUCGCAGACCCUCCAAGUCGUCCGCACGCCCUACGGUAAGGCCGCUGUGAAGGCAUUCGGCGUGUCCCCCGAUGGCUGGACGCAGCUUAUUAUCCAGCUCGCGUACGCACGCCUGCUCAAGGCCAAAGGCUGGAAGCGCAACGGGGGCACGUACGAGGCCGCGAGCGUGCGCAAGUUCCUCAAGGGGCGCACAGAGGCGAUCCGGGUCGUGAGCGAGCAGAGCGACCGUUGGGUCGCAAGCAUGGACGAUCCCGCCGCGGAUGCGAGGCGGAGAGUGCAGCUGUUCGCAGAAGCGAUCAAGACGCACGGGACGUACGCGCGGGCGGCGGGCAACGCGCACGGGGUGGACCGCCACUUGCUCGGGCUGAAGCUGCUGGUGCGUGAGGGCGAGCAGGUGCCAGAGGUGUUCUCGAACCCGGUCGUGAAGCGCUCGUCGUACUGGGUGCUCAGCACAUCCGCGAUCAACGCGAAGAACUUCGGGCCGUACGGCUGGGGCGAGGUCGUGCCCGACGGGUUUGGCGUUGCGUACACGACCGGGUUCGACGACUUCCUGCAGUUCACGGUCACGAGCCGCACGGAGAUGCCGAAUGACGAGUUUUGCGAGGAGCUCCAGCGCGCGGCGAGGGACAUAUAUGACCUGUUCGCUAGUCAGAGCGCCACACAGAAGGCGAAGUUGUAAUGUGCAAGACUUGUUCGGAUGCUUUGGGGUCUUGGGGAAUUCUGGACAGUACGUCCGUUAUCCGUCAUCUGAUUCUCAGUCAAUACACAUGUGUGGAUGCAGCUAGCAUUAGCAAGUCAUAGUACACAAGACAUCAUUUC